AUGGGCUUCCCGGACGAUGAGAUCAAACAGUUGGUGGAUAAGAUAGCGGUUCAUUUACGAAGUAAAAAUCAAACAUUGGCAAUUAGUGAGGCAGCAUGUGGAGGAUUAAUAUCAGCAUACUUGGUAUCGGUACCAGGAGCAUCUAAUUUUUAUAUUGGAGGGAAACUAGUUUACUCUUUGAAGCAGAGAUUGAAAGUAAGUGGAUGGACAGAAGAAGAGAUUAGUGAUUAUAUGGGACCAUCUGAACUGGUUGCAUUGAAAUUGGCUCGAACAACAAAGUAUGAAUUAGGAUCGACUUAUGUAUUAUCUGAAACUGGAUUUGCUGGUCCUUCUACGGAUCUACAUCUAGAGAAUCAUGAAGGAUCCCAGAAUAGUAAAGUUGGUACGGUUUACCUUGGAUUAAACGGUCCAAAUGGUGAAGUUUCUUGUAGUAGAAGUACUGGAAGUAAUGAUCGUUCUUUUAAUAUGACUGAAUUUGCUAAGUUGGGCUUACAGUUUCUAUUGGAAACUUUACAAAAUAUAUAGAAAGUUCAUUAUUUAUGAAAAUUUUGU